AUGCCGCGAAGUACGUGCUCGAGCUGGAGGAGAAGCUGGUGGCCAGGGAGCGCGAGGCCAAGGCUCUGCGUGAGUAGCUGGAGGAGGCUAAGAACGAGCUCGCCUCAGCAAAGCGGGGCGGACGCGGAGCGGGAGAAGGCUAGGUCCGAGCUCGCCGCGGCUCAGGCGGAGGUGGUGAAGACGAAAGCUGAGCUCGCCGCUGCAAAGCGAUCCGCGGAGGUGGAGCUGGUGAAGGCGAAGGCCAAGCUCGCGGAGGCGGAGCUGGAGAGCGCGAAGGCGACGACGGUGCAGCAGCUCCUGGCCUCCGCGGAGCACGUGCGGCGGCGCGCGGAACAAGCGCUGGAGGGAUACGAGCGCUGGCGAGGUCGUCACCCUCCGGCCGGUCAUGCCGCCUGA